UUACCUGUCCCGGUGGACGAAACUUAACAGCUUCUGAGGGGAUUUUAAUGAGUCCAGGCUACAGUGAAACACACUAUCCCAACAGCACCGUUUGCAUCUGGGUGAUAACUGCCCCACAACACUGGAAAGUGAAGCUCAUGAUCAAUUCCGUUGACCUCGAGUACUGCGCUAUGUGCAGUUGUGACUAUGUUGAACUCAGAGAUGGAGCAAAAGCCAGUGGCCCUCUUAUUAGCAGAUAUUGUGAAGCUAAGGCGAGCACUGUUUAUUCCGAAGGACGGCACAUGUGGGUCAAAUUCGAAUCAGACAGAGAGAAUGAGGGACGAGGAUUCCUCGCGAAUUACACUUUCAUUAAAUUAAGAAAGAAGAAACCAGUUAUUCUGAAAGCAAAUAGAACUUCUCAAUUCAUCACUAGUUCAAAGAAUCCAACAGUGUGUGGUUCCGAUAGACAAUGUACAUGGGUAAUUACCGCUCCUGAAGGUUUUCAAGUGCAGCUCACAACGGAAUCAUUUGUCUUCCUCUCUUGUCUUGGAUCUUUUAUUGAGAUCAAAGACGGUCCCACUUGUUCAAGUCCAAUGAUUGGAAAAUUCUGUGGAAAUGAGAAGCCUCCACUUGAGAUCUGCUCUUUGGGAAAUAGUUUGUGGAUAUCAUUUAAGUACAAUUCUACCAGAGAUUUGGAAAUGAAUCGAUUUGAGCUGAUGUACAGAGCAACACGGGCUAACAUUACGCCACAAAGAAAGUUUUACGACGAACAGGCCAUCAACUCUGAUCACUGGAGAAGUAUGGCAGUUGGAAUCGCCUGUACGAGUUUCUUCCUCUUUGUGAUAUUAGUAGCGUGCUUCCUCAAGAUAGCAAGCAAUCGCCGCUUUGCUGGGUUAGAGCAAACAACGUCACAAACUGAGCUGAAUCCAACAGAUUCCAUUGUAGAAUCUACUUUCUCUAACGACAUCAAUGAGUCGCUUCUUGAAUAAAUCACGACAACAUUUAGAACCAUAUCAUACCAAAGAAAUACUACAUAGAGCUAGAAAGUAUUAACAUAACAUAAAUACUCCAUCAACUCAGGAAAGAUGUGUGACAAAUUGGGUAAAAAAUCAAGAGCUUCUUAAAUGGGAGAUUAUUCCCUUCAUUCUCAUGACCUUAAUGUGUGAUUCAGGCGUAAUAUUGUAAGGAGAAAUUAGAUGCUAGUCACUCUUAACGGCCAAAGAGUUAAAGAAAAAGUAUGCCCCAGAAGCAAUAAAGAUUUAGUCCUUCAUUAAAAGGACUAUUUAUGUUAUGUUAUCCUCAGAUCUAGAUCAUGUUUACAUUUUAAGUCAGGUUAGCAAUGUUAUUACGGUAAUUUAUAAGUGUAUGUGCCAUUAUUAGUGAGUGAAUUGGCGAUUGCUAAUAAAAGAUUUUUAAUAAGUAGCGUUACAGCUAAAGCAGAGAGAGAAUAGCAAGCAGAAUUCCUUUUGUAUACGUCAAAUUAUGGAGUAAAAAGGUGAGGUUUGCACUCUUGACCCACCCGUUCGAAGCUUAUCCUGGUCUCCAUUUAGCAUGAGGCAACCAUGAGUAUUACUCCCCCCUGGAUGGGUCGCCAGUCCAUCGCAAGGUCCCCCCCCCCCAGUAUUUCAUCAGGCUUCCCUGAAAAUUCGCCGGUACCCAUUUUUAUUCCUGGGUGGAGAGAGGCAUGGUGAGAGUGUUGUCUUGCUCAAGAACACAACACAUUGACCUGGCCAAGUCUCGUACCCAGAUCUCUCGACUUGAAGUUUACUGAAUUGACCGUUAGUCUGCUGCUCCUCCCACGUAACUUAUAUACUAUAGGACUAUUCCAAAUCACGUACUGUAAAAUUAUUAUCAUUAGCAUCAUUUGGUAAUUUCUGUAUUGUAAAGAAAGUGAAGGCCAUUAUUAUAUUUUUUCUUGAUGCCGUUUAUUGUAAGUAACGUCCCGUAAUCAGGUGAUCGUAGGCAUUGUGCUGUAAAUAGUUUAUCAGUAGUGUAUAGUGCGGUUCCUCAUUUUUAAUAGAAUCAAUAAAGGGGUAAUUUAAAAAAUAUA